ACACAUAAACUAGUAGGCAAAUAUUUAGGAAACCUGACCAUCUGUUCGUUUGACUACAUUUUGAAUUUUCCUAAACACCCGCUCACAUAGUCGCCAUUCCCAUGGAGACGCGUUUGACCAAAUCAACUCUGAAAUCUAUGUUGCAAUUUCUUACUUAUUGUGUUUAUUAAACACACACACCGCCUACCCUGACCACCCCCCAGACACCUUUAUAACACGUCAACCAAAAACAAUAAAUAAAAGCCUAUCCAAAUACUUCAGAAAUUCACCCAUUCCAAAUUGUCGUUUGAGAAAAAUGGGCGAACCAAAUGAAAAUCCACCACAUGACGAGAAGUCAAAAGGAGCGAACGAAGAUGGAAAACCAAUUCAAUCCGAGAUGUCAACGAAGGAAGCAUAUUUCGCAUCACUUGCGGAAUGGGCCAAACAGGCGGCCAUAGCACAAAAUGCAACGGCCAUGUUUCCAUAUUACCUAAUGGCCAACUAUCCACAGUUAUUCCAAACGCCAAUUGCUGGCCCAGGAACGACGGCCAUACCAACAGCUGGCCCUUUUCGGAUAUCACGAACAGCUGUACCAGGUCCAGGGGCAGCUGCAGCUCCGGCUGCUGCCCCCGGGCUAGUUCCAGCCGCACGUCCAGCUUUUAAUCGACUUCGAGUGCCAGAUGAACACGAACAAGAGCAGAUCAUCGAGACAUAUGGAGGCUACGAAUAUGUGCUGGCUCCAUUCUGGAAACGGGCGGUGGCCGAGGCCAUCGAUAUGCUCAUGUUGUUCGUGCUGAAAAUCAUUGUGACCUUUGGCAUUGUUAAUUUCUUUGACAUUGAUUUUGACAAGGAUGUCAUGCGACGCACCCUGGACGAGGAGGAUAUAUUCUUUAGUUUCUUUGACAUCUCCAUGGACUUUUUGUCGCUGUCAUCGAAUCUAUUGAUCAUCGAGCUACUGACUAAAUUGAUUGUCUGCGUUUAUGAGGCUAUAUGGACUGUGUUUUACAAUGGCGCCACUCCAGGCAAAUCGCUGAUGAAGAUUCGGAUUCAUUAUGCCGAAGCUGUAUUACCGUUUCAGAAUGCGCCACAAUUUGUGGUUCAUCCUCGCGAACCGAUUCGGGCCCUGCUCUUUCCGGCGGAGACUCCCGGCCUAAUUAGAGCCUUUAUGCGGGCUCUGGCCAAAAAUCUUGUGAUGACGCUGCUUUUCCCCAUUUGCAUUGUGAUGGUUUUCUUCAAGAAUAAUCGGACCGCGUAUGACAUGAUAACGAAGACUAUUGUGGUGGAGACCAAUUCCAAUGCCAUAUAUAGGAACCUACUACCGCCGCAGGCCAGAAUGCGCUAGUCGAGUGUAGCAGCCAAAUUGUGUACAAGAAUUUUAAGUUUCUGUUACAGAUAAAACUAAAUUUAUAUCGUUAUAUAUUGAUGUCGGUCUUGUAAAGUAAAAUAAGAUAGUAAAUACACCUGAGAUUCUCAAAUGA